CCCACUGCAACAUGUUCGGAAAACUGGUCCGAACAAUUGUAAUUGUUUUUAUACUAAAUUUAUGCAGUUCAAUCAGUUCAUUUGCUGUACCUGUGCCUUUUGAUGGGAAAAGUAACGUGAAAAUAUCAUUGGAUGGAGAAAGUGCUCCGAAAUCAUGCAGACUUAUCAAGUCAAAACAAGUCAAAACACGACCGACAUGAUUUAGACUUGACUUAUCUCAGACCUGAGUAAACCUAUUUGAUUAUGAAGCCUUACGAUUGAUACAAGCAAAAUAGAGCGAGAAUAUCCU